UGCAUCCGGAAUCAUUAAACUGGUAAGUUAAUAUUUUUUUUGUAUUACCUGCAUAGGAAGUGGACUGAAGAGGAAGGGUGGAUGAUACUGGGGGUAGAUGUUAUCAAAGGAUGGGAUGUCCAAAAAAAGCAUUCGAAUCCAAUCCUUCUUGUCUUGGACUCUGCACUCCACAUUAUUCCACUCUCCACUUUUUUUAAUGUUCGAUUCGUCUAUCCAACCGACCCACAGACCAAAGCGAUCUUUUCUACCCAUAUCCUCUUCUUUUUUCCCUUUAUUUCUGGAGUGUCAAUGGAUGAAUAUGCGUAUGUGCGCUGUUGUUCGUUCCUUUUCUCUCUGUGUCCUUUUCUCAUUGGUCUUUCCUAUUGACCCAUUUGUCGGGCAAAAGGAGUGCGACGUCCUUUGGCUGUACGGGCCACUGUACGAGGUCAGCAUCCUGCACAAACACGACGAACACAAGCACAACAGGUCAUCCACGGCGUACAGCAACCACAAAACCUACAAGAACGAAAGUGACCUGCGCGGUCCACCGCUCGAACGCGUCUGUUUCCCCACUCCAUCCCCAGACUGCGUUCAUUCUCCGCCCCAAUCUCCGCCAUCCGAUCUCUCCGACACCGAAGCCCUUAUCUCCACGCUUCCCGCAGACGAAGCAGCAGCAGCAGCAACUCCCGACACUGUAGUAGAAGCUUCAGAAGCAACGGAAUCACCAGAAGCAACUGCGGAUGCAACACCUACAGAAUCGGCUGUCGACUCCCUGUCUACGGCAUCGCAGCCAGCUGAGACUCUAGCCACUUCCGCUGCUUCUACUGCGGCCCCAAAGACAUCCUCGUCAGAGGAAUGUUCGUCUGUCUUCCGCCCUCCCAAGCCAGCACUGAAGCGCCAACGCACGCGCACCCAAGUCUUUGAGGACUUGCGGGCUUUCACACACAGCCCGCAGUACCUCGCCCUCUCUAACACCCUAGCCGCAAUCACUUUUGACGUCGAGGCCGACACCGCCUCUGCCAUGACAUUGUCCUACGCAGAGGGCGCACGGUCCGAGCCCAUCUCACCGGUUUCGUCGAACACGUCGCCGGCAUUCCUGCUCCCCAUCUUCUCGGCGCCGACGAAAUACCACUUCCGAAGCCAAGACCGUCGUCGCGCCUCGUUCCCCAAAUCCGCGAGCCAUCCUAGUAGACUUAACCUCAAUGUGAACCUGAACCUGGGUAUUAAUAUCCAGGCGAAUGGUACCGAGGGAGAGACGAUGAUGUUGUCGCCAGCGAGUGCGAGGGCAGCGGCCAAGCAACUGAGGUUCAGCCUUGAGGUCCAAGAACUGAUCUUCUUGCCAAGCUCGCCUCCAUUCCGGAUCUCGAGGGCCAAGCCGACAAGGGCACAUUCGGACCCGGCGAUCCAGUCGACAACGUGCUCAUCGUUUAUUGCGCCGUCCCAUGUGUCUAUCCCAGCUUCCAUUCGUCCUGGUCAGGGUCAGCAAAACGGUAAUCUGAUCUCGACGGCCGCAGCGUCAGCCACGUCGAACGAUAAUACGACGACGACGACGACGACGUUCAUCAAGGUCAAGGCCCAGGACUCUUUCCGGUUGGGAAAGGCGUCGUCGUCAUCUCCGAGACUGUAUCUCCAGCAGGAUGAUGAUGAUGAAGAAGAUCUGCCCGAGUGCAACUUCAACGAUGAUUUCCAUGACGGAUAUUAUUUCGAUGAUUGUCAUGAAGGAUAUGAUGAGGAUGAUGACGAUCUGGGAGAUGAAGAGGACGAUGAGUUCAAUGGAGUGACUAGGGGAAGGACGCAUCGAUUGCGACUUUCCAAGGAUGCGAUUGUGGCCAGGCGCGCGGAGCAGCAUCAUCGUAAACACCAGCCGGGCAUGCUCUGGCAGGUCUAUACGGCUGUCACGGGCGUGAAGGAGCUGAUUGCCUGGUACGGUUCGAUGGUCUACCACAGCUCGUCGCUGUAGAGGUGGACUUCAGCGAUCCGGAAUACCAGCAUCCCAACCCUGUUUUUUUUUUCUUCUUCAUCUUGCAUAUACCCCACCUUUCCUUUCACGUUUUUUGUCGCCAUCCCCGAAAC